AAGACGGACGACAGCUGGAAACUUACUGAAGACUCGAAGAGGAGAAGAGAAGAGAAGAGAAGAGCGCUUGUGGGUUUAAAAGGUUCCAGACCACUUGAGUAAGAUCUUUAUUCCGGUCAAGGUCACAGAGGAUCCGGAGCCUUUCCCAGGAACACCGAGCUUCAGUUGCUCAACAGAGGCCUCUGGGUCUAUGGCCAACAACAGCAGCACCAAUAGCAACAGUUGGACCAUUCUUGCUCCAGAGGUAAAGGAGUCUGGAGUAGAGAGCAUGGGUCCGCUGUCUGAUGGUCAGGGAGAACUACAUGCAGAACUAACUGUCACACAAUCUGCAGCAUUCGCAGACAUUCCCACAGAGCAAUCUCACCCUCCUGAUUCUCCACAGGUGACGCCACUAGAGAGCAGUGAAGAUGCAGCUGUUUUGCACAGUACCACUGCAAAAGAGGAAACCGCAUCCAGCAUCCCUGCUCAUGUUGAAACCCUGACUUCUUUGACCCCUGACCGUGGAGAGAAAAGUGUAGAUGACUCUGCAAGCCAACCCCUUAUUGAUACAGAAUCAUUCUCUGACUCUUACACACAUAUCGGCCCUUCGCUUGUGUCCUCUUCACUUCUCGGAGUUGCAGAAGAAGAGGAAGGAGAAGAAGAGAGAAUUUCACAAGGGGAAAAGAAGGGUGAGCUGUGGAAGAGUCUGAGAGAAGAGGGUACGUCAGAAGAGACCGUGAAUGAGGGUGAUGGAUUACGGAGGAGGAAUGUCUCUGUCCUGUCCCCUUUGUACCAUCGAGAUGAGCAGCAGGAGGAGGAAGAGGCUGAGGAAGAGCAGUUCAGACAACCACUGAGAGAAGGAGAAGGAGACAUCGGUUUCACUCUGAACAAGUGCAUUUUUGGAGCACUCAUUCUUCUGGGCCUCGGCACCAUAUUCUUCUCUGGUGUGCUCAUGGACCUGGAUGACGAAGGAGAUGCUGAUGCCAAGGACAUGAAAUAUCCAGAAGCCAAAAAGUGGUUGAAUUCGGAUGCUCAAGAAGACAUACCUGGUGGUGUCCAGCCACCAGAAAUACUGGACAAAAUGGCCAAGGGGUACGAGCAACUUGCCGGCUUACAGGCACAGCUUCAGAAACAGGAAGUGGAAUUAAAGGCUGCAGAACUGCAAGUGGAGGAAGGAACCAAGGAGAGACUGUGGAGAGAGGAGCUGGAGGCAGAAAACCAGAGGAUAAGAAAAGAGAUGGAUAAACUGCCUGUCCUUCAGAAAGAGUACGAGCAAGAAAAAGAAAGGGUAAAGAGAGAGAGUGAGCGAUUUAUUAAGGAGCUUGAAGCACUUCCAGCUAUGCAGAAAGAGCUGGAGCACCUAAGGGAUAAAGUUACGGAGCUCACGCAGAAUAAAGCGAGCGUGCAGGCUGUGACGCCCUCUGCUGGACAAGAAGAGGUACCUGGUGGUGAGGAGAGGAAAGAGAAAAAGGAUAAAAAAGCUCUGCUUAAAGAGAAAGAUCCUAGGACAGAAAAUAAGGACUGGAAGAAAGAGAAAAGUAUAAAGAUAGAUGAGCAAGAUGGCAAGUGGAAAAGCACGAAGGAUCGUAAAGAGUGGGAGAAAGAAGAAGACAAGCAAGGGAAGCACAAGGGAGAAGGGAAAAACAAGCAAAAAGAACAUAAGCAAGAAGAUACUCAUAGAUGGAAGCUUGAUGGAGAAAAAAGUAAGAUUAAGGAAAGGAGUGGGAAAAGAGACUGGAAGGGAGAGAAAAAGGAGAAAUAUGGAGAGUUUGUUGACAGGAAAGGAAAAGAAGAUAAGGAAUUAAAGCAAAAACCCUUGAAAAAGGAGGAAGACUGGAAAAGGGAUAAACAAGUUAGUAGGAAUAACAAAGAGUGGAAAGGGAAAGGUGACAAAAAGAAGGACUGGAAAGAGGGAAAAGAAAAAUGGGGUGAUGAAAAAGAGAGAGGAGCUUUAGGUGAUGAAAAGUACAGUGAGAGAAUCCAAAAGGAGAAAACCAAGAAAGGCAAGAAAGAAGAACACAACGAUGACAGUGGAAAAAAACAAAGAGGGGAGAAGCACCAAGCUGGGAAAGAGAAAGACAAACCUAAAAGUAAACAGAAAACCGAAGGAUGGAAGGAGGAGAAAAAAUACAAAGACAAGAAUCCUAAAAAAGAGGAGAAGAUGAGCAGAAAAGGCAAACACGAGGCAUCACAUCAUUCCUACAGUGACCAAAAACACAGCAAAGACCACGUGCACGUCAACUACUGGGAUAAACAGAGGGAGAAGAUCCGUCACUUUUACGGGUCAACGGAAGAGUGUGCUGAUGUCACAGCCUGUGCACACGCAGAGGGGCUUGCUCCCGUUUCCCAACAAGAUUUCGAGACAUUCGUCUCUGGUUAUUUGACGAAACUUCAAGGACACAGGGACCAAACUUCCAGAAAAGAGGAACUGAGCAAGCUAAUCAGCGAGUUCUUCACCAACGGAGUCUUCGUCCAUGACCAAAUACCAUUCAGUGAGUUUGUGGAGGACGUGGAGGACAUUUUGGAAGACAUAGCAGAUGAUGAUGAUGAUGAUGAUGAUGAUGAUGAUGACGACGACGAUGAUGAAGACGUAGAGCUAGAGAAUGAGAUGAAUGGAUUUGCAACAGAAGCAAUGCAGAAUUUUGUGCUUCGGGAGAAAGAGGAAGAGAAAAGAGGGGGAAGUGGAAGGAAAAGGAUGAAAGGGUAAAAGGGUAGCGUUCUAGACAGGAUCUUGAUUAAAGUGUGUCGUGUGUAGUUCUAGCACUGAAGCCUAAAGCGUAUCAUUUGUAAUAUAAGGGUUCCACAUUUACAUGCACAUGUUUGGUUCAAAACACGGAAAUCUAAGCACUGCUACUGUAUAACUGUUUCCUGUGUGUGUGUGUGUGUGUGUGUGUGUGUGUGGAUAUGUUCUGUAACAUGAUAGCAGCUCUGCGGUUCAUACCUAAUGACAUGAGUAAAACUCUGUUAAUUACUCUCUAAAUCUGCCCUAAAUGUCUGCAUAAAGUGUGUGUGUGUGUGUGUGAGACAGAGAGAGUGAGUGUGUGUGUGUGAGAGACGGAGACGAUGUGCACGAGUGGGUGUGUGCGGGCGUGUUUGUGUGAGAGAGAGAGAGUGUGUGUGUGUGUGAGAGAGAGAGCGAGUGAGCGCGUGUGUGUGAGAGAGCGAGCGAGCAUGUGUGUGUGUGUGUGUGUGUGUGUGUGUGUGAGAGCGAGCGAGCGUGUGUGAGAAAUGUCACUUCCUGUUAGUGACUGCUGGUCCAGUAAUUUUAGUUUGUGUUAUUUCCCAUGGACAGCUUUCUGUCAGCCAUAUGAAAUAGAACAGAAUAGAAAUAUGUACAUGAGCUUUCAUUGCAAUUCAAGAGUUGCUUUUCUUAUGCAUCAUAGAAUGUUCAGUAUAUGGCUAAAAGUUUGUACACCCAUUGUUGAACAUCUUAUUCCAGAUUUUGUCCCCCUUUGCCGUUAUGAUUUCCCCUUUUGUGUUCAUUCAGCCACAAGAAUCCAUUCAGUGGGUGCAACACAUCUGAAAGUGUUCAGUGGGAAUGAGGUCAGGGCUCUGGGAAGUUCUUUCACUGCAAGCUUCAAAAGCCAUAUCUUCAUGCAGCUCGCUUUGUGCGCAGGGACAUUGUGAUGCUGGACCAGGGGAAUUGAUAAAGACACAGCAGACAGGGACAUUCUGUAGAGUUGUGCGCUUCCAAUUUUGUGGCAACGGUUCUGGGAACAACUAUACAUGGGUGUGAUGGUCAGGUGUCCACAUGUUUUUAAUGAUUUUUUUUUUGGAAAAACAUUACUGGCUUCAUGUAGUUAUAAGAAGAAGCAGAAUUUAUUUGUCACAUAUACAAUACAGCAUAUAUCCUAGCGUAGGACGUUGGGGUCAAAGCACCUCGGGAAAAGAGUAGGGCCUUAAGCGCCUUGCUCAAGGACCCAACAGUGCCAGAGCCUUAACCGUCGUGCUAGCAGUGCUAAGAUUUUUUCACAAUGUACUAUAAUUCCUGUUCUGGAUCACAUUUCCGAUUGUUUGUUUUGCUUAUUUAUUAAUUUUGUUUCUGUUCUUUGUUAUGUUUAGCUUUGUGUUGUUUAAUGAUUGAGACUUGUUCAGAAAGUAAGUUAUUAGUAUUCUUACACCUAGUUCAUAUUUUCUAGAAUAGACCUGCACGGUCAGCAUUGACUCUACUCUACUUAUUUUGGUGUAUUGCACUUCACAGUACGUUUUGUUUACAGUUGAAAAACUAUUGUCACUCUGUACAACAUAUUAAAAUAUUUGUCCACAUGUAUGACAAAAUAUCUAUUUUUAUUGAGAAACACAAAACUAUGAAGGUUUCGUUUUGAAAUGUCUUACCGUGAUCAUUAUUAAUAAGAAGUGAACAAAUCUAUGUAAAACACGGCACAGAUCUGAACAAGGAAUUAUAGAUAUUAUUAACCAGUUAACUAUACUGUUCAGAUACUUGUGUUAUGCAAUAAUUUAAUAAGUACGACGAGUACUAGGGAUCAUGCUAAAAUGUCUGUGCUUGGGAAUAGAGAAUAUCAGGGAACACAGUAAACCAUAUUUCUUGUAAUUAUCUUUUCAUGAAAUCAGUCAAACAAAACAGCGAUUUUAAAAUAGCAACCUGCUGUUUUUCAGUUCUGCUUGUACUCUGGCUUCGCUGAAUGCUAACUCAUGUGAAACAUUUCACAUUGCACUUUUCAUUUUUCACAUUUCUCUAAUAAAGCUACAUUUACUCAA